AUGUCGGAUUGUGAUCUUUUGAAAAAAGGUGAUUCGAUUAAAUCGAGAUGGCGAAUAACACAUAAGAUAGGUGGUGGUGGCUUUGGACAGAUCUAUCAAGCUUACGAUAAACUACGGCAAGAGUUCGUCGCCGUCAAAGUCGAAUCGAAUUCUCAAUCGCGGCAAGGCAUUCGAAUGGAAGUCACUGUUUUACGCCGUAUACAAAACCGUCAACAUAUUUGUGAACUAUUCUCUGGUGGAGUGUCAACAUUGUACAAUUACAUGAUCAUGACAUUGCUCGGAUUAAGUCUGAGUGAAAUACGACGAAAUACACAAGAACAGCGUUUUACACUAUCGACCACACUUCGUAUUAGUUUACAAAUUUUAGAAGCGAUUGAGUCUAUUCAUUCGAUUGGUUUUCUACACCGUGAUAUUAAACCGUCGAAUUUUGCCAUUGGCAGAGCGAAUAGUCGGCAAAUCUAUAUUCUUGACUUUGGUCUCGCAAGAAAAUAUACCGAUUAUGGUCAACAUGUGAGACCAGCUCGAACAGAAGCAGGCUUUCGUGGAACUAUUCGAUAUGCAUCCAUCAACGCACACAAUAGUCGUGAUCUUGGGCGACAUGAUGAUUUAUGGAGUUGCUUCUAUAUGCUGAUAGAAUUUUUACUGGGUUCCUUGCCGUGGUCAAAGAUGAAAGACAAAGAGACGGUUGGUCACAUGAAAGCAACAUACGAUUAUACACAGUUCUUUGCCAAUUUGCCUGAUGUGUUCGAAAACUUUCUAGAACAUAUCAAUGACUUGAAAUAUGAAGACAAACCUAAUUAUGAGUAUCUUAGACUGCUGUUUGUAUCAACAAUACAAAGACUCGGAUAUCAUGAUGACGACCCGUAUGACUGGGAGAAAUCUAUCGAACAAGAUGAAAAUGAUGCAUUAGUGCGUCCAGUUGAGUUGAAGUCUCAAUCGAAACAACUCAAAAAUGACGAUCAACGAAUCAAUUGCACUCGCAAUCAAAUCAAACACGAUACCAUCGGUGUUGGUGACCAACAAGCAAUUAUGGGAGAAAAAAUGAACUCUCAACUAAAUCAUCGAUCUCCUGACACAUUAGUACGUUGUAGCGUAUAUGACGCAGGUCAAGCAAUUAGUACUGGCCUAUUAACGUAUGUAUCACAGCAAUUUUCAAAUACCAGUGCUCCGGCUGCUGCUACUGGUGUGCCCAGUCUAUUCUCUCAACGUUCUCCUCGCCAUGACGAAUCGCAAUGUUCAAUUGAACAGAAUAUUCAAGUACCAUUCGGCAGUUAUACCGAAAGUAAUAACCGUCAGCGGACUUCGUCACCUUUUCAUUUACAACGAUUUUCUUCUUGA